AUGCAGGGAGCAGUUUUCCUCCUGGUUCUCCUGGGUGCCAUGUCAGGGAGAGAAGCACUCUACCUAAUCCACUUGCCUGCUACAAGCAUCGUGGCCGAGAAUUCUCCACCUGAGACUCCAGUGCACAAGUUUUCUGUGAACUUAUCAGCCUCGCUGUCGCCUGUGAUCCCAGGGUGGCCCCUGAUUAUCAACACAAGCCCCCUCACUGAUGCCUUCAAGGUGAACUGGCUGUCAGGCACUGACUUUGAGGUUGUCACCACUGGGACGGAACAACUAGACUUUGAAACAGGACCAAACGUAUUUGAUUUGCAGAUUUAUGUCAAGGAUGAUGUCGGUGUCACCGAUCUCCAGAUCCUGACUGUCCAGGUGACAGAUGUGAACGAGCCGCCUCAGUUCCAAGGCAACUUGGCAAAAGGUCUAGACCUGUACAUACCGGAAGGAGCAAACCCGGGAUUCAUUUACCAGGUUGAGGCCUUUGAUGCAGAAGACACAAGCCGAAACAUACCGCUCAGUUAUUUCCUGAUCUUCCCCUCAGUGAACUUCAGAAUGUCUGCUAAUGGGACCCUCUUCUCUACAACAGAAUUUGACUUUGAAGCAGGACACAAAAGUUUCCAUCUGGUUGCAGGAGUGAGAGACAGCCAAGGGCUCGAAGCCUCCACAACGCUCCAGGUGAACAUUGUGAAUGUCAACGACGAAAUCCCUCGCUUUACCAGCCCGGCGCGAGUGUACACGAUUCCCGAGGAGCUGGCUUCAGGCACCAUUGUGGCCAACAUCACAGCGGAGGACCCCGAUGACAAAGGUUUUACCGGCUUCCUCCUCUACGGCAUCACGACCCCUAACCGCUAUUUCAUGAUCAACCAGUUGACCGGUACGAUCCAAGUGGCCCACAGGCUAGACCGAGAUGCAGGUGAAUUAAGACAAAAUCCCUCCAUUUCUCUGGAAGUUCUGGUGAAGGACAGACCCUCAGGGGGUCAAGAGAAUCGUGUGCAGAUAACCUUCAUCGUAGAGGACAUUAAUGACAACCCGGCCAUGUGCACCAAGACCACCUUCAGCAUUAUGGUGCCUGAAAGAGCGGCCAAGGGGACUUUGCUUCUGGACCUGAACAAGUUCUGCUUUGAUGAUGACAGCAAAGCACCAAACAACCAAUUCAACUUCACCACGCCAUCUGGAGUGGGGAGCAGCGGCAGAUUUUCACAGGAUCCAGCUGGCUCUGGGAAAAUCGUGUUGAUUGGUGACCUAGAUUAUGAAAAUUCAAGUAAUCUAGCAGCCGGCAAUAAGUACACCGUGAUAAUCCAGGUGCAGGAUGUUGCCCUUCCUUACUAUAAAAACAACAUCUACAUUUAUAUCUUCACAAAGCCCGAAAAUGAGUUUCCUCUUGCCUUUGACAGGCCGUCCUACGUAUUUGAGGUGUCAGAAUUAAGGCCAGCUCGAACCCGGGUGGGAGUAGUGCACGCCACCGAUAAAGACUCCCCCCAGAGCAGCAUCGUGUACUCCAUCUCCACGGGAGGAGCCAGCCUCCAGUACCCAAACAUAUUUUGGAUCAAUCCCCAGACGGGAGAACUCCAGCUGGUGACGAGAGCAGACUACGAAACAACCCCCAUCUAUAUUCUCAGAAUCCAGGCCACCAAUGGCGAGGACAGCAGCUCAGUCACUGUAACUGUGAACAUCCUUGAAGAAAAUGAUGAAAAGCCAAUUUGUACCCCAAACUCUUAUUUCUUGGCCAUCCCCAUGGAUCUGAAAAUUGGCACAAACAUUCAAAAUUUCAAGCUGACGUGUACCGACCUUGAUUCCAGCGCCAGGUCGUUUCGUUACUCCAUGGGCCCAGGCAACAUCAACAGUCAUUUCACCUUCUCUCCCAACGCUGGGUCCAACGUUACAAGUCUGCUCCUUGCGACAGGCUUCGACUAUGCCAGUGGGCUUGACAAGAUCUGGGACUACAAACUACUUGUCUACAUAACUGAUGACAACUUGCUGUCUGGCAGGAAGAAAGCUCAGGCUCACGUUGAAACAGGGACGGUAACGCUGAGUAUUAGCGUCAUUCCUCACCCCACCACAGUUGUCAUCACAACCGCCAGGCCCAGGGUCAUCUACCAGGUCCUGAGAAAAAACGUUUAUUCUCCAUCAGCGUGGUAUGUGCCUUUUGUCAUCACUUUGGGCUCCAUAUUGCUUCUGGGCCUCCUGGGAUCCCUGUUCGUCCUGUUGGCCAAAGCCAUCCACAGACACUGUCCCCACAAGACUGGGAAGCCCAAGAAAUUUCCGGUGAAGAAAGGAGAGAUGAAGACUACAAAGCCAGAGGUUUUGGUGGAAACAAUUCAGAUGACCUCUGUCUUUGAUGGAGAAGCCAUCGACCCAGUUACUGGGGCAGUAUAUGAAUUCAACUCAAACACGGGAGCCAGAAAGUGGAAAGAUCCCUCAACCCAAAUGCCAAGAUGGAAAGAGCCAGACCCCCAGAGAACUGCUCCGAGUAGAGCUGUUGCUGGGGAAGGGGCCAGGCCACCGAGGAGCACCGGUGAGCGAGAUGGGCUGAGCGGCAAAGCUCCGGCUGAGGACGCCCCCGCCAGAAACCAGGAUGGCAAGCCGGGCACCCCAAAGAGCAGAAGCCCAGUCCUCACGAGCAGGGCUUCCCCCAAACUGCACCCGGGAAAAUAACAG